GUUCAACCUUAUCUUCCUGGGCAUCGAAGUCAGCGUGACCAUGCAGAUGGGCAACGACGACAUCCCAGUCAUGUUUGCAAUCGUCAACGCCACGGUGGUUUUAAUUUUCAUGGUGGAGGAUGAGGAGGAGAAGAGUGAGAAGCCGGGCAAAGCAGACGCGAAGCGGCCUUCUACGAAGCCACCACGACGCGGAAAGAAAAGCCCCGUGGAGCAGGCCCCAACCACCGUGGCAAGCCGGAUGCUGACG